CAAGUGUACAAGAGGAAGGCCCUGGCUUUGGCUGAGGCUUUGAGGACAGAGUUUGAGGAUAUUCCUGUAGAGUUUAACCCCUCUGCCCCACGGAGAGGAAGCUUUAAGGUUACCUUAAUUGUGGGAGACACAGGAGAGGUCCCUCUUUGGACUGGUAUCAAGAAAGGCCCUCCCAGGAAACUGAAGUUCCCAGACGAUCCCAAGCCAAUCUCUGACAUGAUCAAAAAACAUUUACUUCCUUAGAUUCGAUGUUCGUUUAUUACAUAUACAUUGUAUUACAAUGAAUAAUCAGGCUGGUUUACUUAUGUAGCUGUCACAUAUAUAUCAUCCAGAAUUUUCAUGCAUUAUGUCCUGUGUAUGACAGAUUUCAUGUAAAGUAGUGCAACAUUUCGCCUACCAUGGAAACUUGAUUUUUUUUUCUACAGGUAUAAAUGCCGAUUGUAAAUAAUGGUAUGUGCUGUUAAUUAAACCAUGCAUUCAUUUAGCAUGAUGUCUGUGUAAUUACUGUGUACAUGUGUUUUUUCUCUGUUUUUUAUAAUUCAAGUAAAUCACUAAAACU